AUGUGCACAGCUCCGACUCAGCCUACAGCACCUACUACCGCUGGAAGACACGAUGAGGAAGUAAUUGCAGCUGAUCCUGCACUGGAAACUGAUGAUGAAUAUGGUGAUGGAGGUGAUGGGGCCAGUAUCUCGUCGUCUUCAGCAUCGUUGACCGAAAGUAUCACGGAAUACCGCCGACUUCAUGGGCGAACGUACACUCAAAGGACUGACUAUUAUGGCCCAAACGACGAGAAGCAAAAUGAAGGCCUUGAUCUCAACCAUUACUGUAUGACUUUGUUCCUUGAUGACAAGCUCUUCUAUUCUCCAAUUGGAGAAAGGCCGCAGCGAGUCUUGGAUCUUGGUACAGGAACCGGCAUUUGGGCCAUUGACUUCGCGGAUGAAUUUCCGUCGGCUGAGGUUGUUGGAGUUGAUAUAUCGCCUAUUCAACCUUCUUGGGUCCCUCCUAAUUGCAAAUUCCAAAUUGACGACAUCGAGAAGUUGCCUUGGACGUGGCCGACGAAUCACUUUGAUUUCAUCCACAUCCGCAACCUCGAGGGCUGUGUUGCUGAUUGGCCAGCACUAUAUGCACAGGCUCUGGACAAUUUGCAGCCUGGGUCCGGCUACAUUGAGGUCAAGGAAACCGAUUUCAAUGUACAGUCACAGUCCACGGAGAAUCUCGACGACGAUCAUCCUUACAAAAGAUGGACUAAGGUAAUGUUUGAGGCCUUUGACAAGAUAGGAAAGACUGCAAGACAACACCAUGAUCACGGCAUAGCUAAGAACCUUGAGUCUGCUGGAUUCGUUGACAUUGUCGAGAAAAAAUGGCAGAUGCCUAUCGGAGGCUGGGCGAAGGAUCCCAAGUUGAAGGAGAUAGGGGCUUGUUAUCUCGAAUUUCUCGACCAGUCACUUGAGGGAUUUGGCACUUUCCUUCUCAAGGAAAUAAUGGGCUGGGAGUACGCAGAGAUCUUGGUGUUUAUGAGUGAGAUGCGAAAGGCACUCAGAGACGCUACGUUGCAACCAAAGAUCGACGUUCAUCUCGUAUAUGCUCGCCGGCCAGAGAAAUCCAAGGAGGAUGAAGCUUGA